CGGAUCCCGGCAGCAGCUGCGGCGGCUCAAGUCUUCGGUAGCUCUUUCUGUAUCCCUUUCGUUUCCGGAAACAUGGCCUCUGGUGUGGCUGUCUCUGAUGGUGUCAUCAAGGUGUUCAAUGACAUGAAAGUUCGCAAGUCUUCAAAGCCAGAAGAAGUGAAAAAACGCAAGAAGGCAGUGCUUUUUUGCCUGAGUGAGGACAAGAAGAACAUCAUCCUGGAGGAGGGCAAGGAGAUCCUGGUAGGAGACGUGGGGCAGACUGUGGACGACCCCUACACCACUUUUGUCAAGAUGCUGCCAGACAAGGACUGCCGCUAUGCUCUCUAUGAUGCAACCUACGAGACCAAGGAGAGCAAGAAGGAGGACCUGGUGUUCAUCUUCUGGGCCCCUGAGAAUGCACCCCUUAAGAGCAAAAUGAUCUACACCAGCUCCAAGGAUGCCAUCAAGAAGAAGCUGACAGGAAUCAAGCAUAAAUUACAAGCUAACUGCUAAGAGGAGGUCAAGGACCGCUGAACCCUGGCAGAGAAACUGGAGGGCAAGCCUUUGUGAGCCACCUCCAGCCCCCUGCCUGGAGCAUCUAGCAGCCCCAGACCUGCUCUUGGGUGUUGCAGGCUGCCCCUUUCCUGCCAGACCGGAGGGGCUAGGGGGAUCCCAGCAGGGGGAGGGCUAUCCCUUCACUCCAGUUGCCAAACAUCCCUCCCAGCCCCUGGACCGUCCUUCUCCCUCCAUCCCUGACGGUUCUGGCCUUCCCAAACUGCUUUUGAUCUUAUGAUUCCUCUUGGGUUGAAGCAGACCAAGUCCCAUCCGUCCUAGGCACCCAGUUUGGGGGGUGCCUGUAUUUUUUUUUAACGACACUCCUACUCCUCA